AGAAGAAACUCAAGAGAAAACAUGGCUCCUAAACCUGGAAUUCUUUCUGAGUGGCCAUGGAGGCCUCUUGGGAACUUCAAGUACUUGCUUUUGGCUCCAUUUGCGGUUCACAGCACAUACUCUUUCAUGACUAAAGGAAAAGAGGAGAGAGACCUCUUUGAAUUUCUCAUAUUCCCAUUUAUGCUGUGGAGAGUGCUUCAUAACCAGAUGUGGAUUUCUGUGUCUCGGUACAUAACUGCAAAAGGAACUAAGAGGAUUGUUGAUAGGGGAAUAAACUUUGAGCUUGUUGACUUUGAAAGCAACUGGGAUGAUGAGAUUAUGUUGAAUGGGAUUGCCUUCUAUGUGUUGAAUAAGAUGAUGCUAUAUUUUGGGGGAUCUCCAUUUCCCCUUUGGAGAAAAGGAGGAGUCAUUGUCACAAUUCUACUUCAUAUAGGCCCUCUUGAGUUCACUCACUAUUGGUGGCACAGGUUAAUGCACCUCCCCUAUUUCUACACCCGUUACCACUACCAUCACCAUGCUUUCAUUGCCAGUGAAUCCAAUAAUGCUUCUGUCACUGCAUUCUUAGAGGUAGCUUCUUUCUAUAUGAUCUUUGGAAUACCUCUACUAGGAAUGGUAUUGACAGGAACAGGUUCCAUCAUAGUAAUCUAUGGUUAUAUAACUUUAUUUGAAUUCCUGAAUGGAGCUGGACACUGCAACUUUGAGGUCACUCCAAAGUGGCUCUUCUCCAAAUUCCACCCUUUCAUGUUCACAUCUUCGUUUCAUGCUUUGCAUCAUACUCAGUUUUGGACAAAUUACUCACUUUUCUUGCCCUUUUAUGAUUACAUUUAUGGCACAUAUGACAAGUCCUCAGAUAUUAUUUAUGAAACUUCAGACAAAAGACCAGAAGAGUCCCCUGAUGUCGUGCAUCUAACCCAUUUGACCACAGCAGACUCCAUCUACCAUUUGCAGUUUGGGUUUCUUACAUUGGCUGCUGAGCCCCAAUCUUCUAAAUGGUACCUGAAGGUUCUGUGGCCUUUGACAUGCUUGUCUGUGAUCUUCAUUCGGAUGUGUGGUCGUGCAUUUAUUUCAGAGAGGAACACCUUCAAGAAACUUAAAUUACAAUCUUGGGUGGUGCCAAGAUACAAUAAACAAUACUUUUCGCAAAAGCAAAGAGGUGAUAUCAAUAAGUUGAUUGAAGAUGCUAUACUAGAAGCUGAUAAGAAGGGAGCUAAGGCUUUCAGUUUAGGCCUUAUGAAUCAGCAAGAAGAUCUUAACAGAAAUGGAGAGCUGUACAUACAAAGGCACCCUCAACUUAAAGUUAAGGUUGUGGAUGGUAGCAGUUUAGCAGCAGCUGUUGUUUUAAACAGCAUUCCAGCAGAAACAACACAGGUAAUUCUGAGAGGCAAACUUGACAAGGUUGCUUAUGCAAUAGCCUCAGCUUUAUGCCAAAAGGGUAUCCAGCAAAACAACUUAAUACUUUAUUUUAAGCAGGUUGUCACAUUGCGAGAGAAUGAAUUUGAGAAGUUAAAGCACAUUUACAAGUCAAAAAGCAACGUGGUUCUUUCACAUACUUUUGAUCAAAAGGUAUGGCUGGUGGGAAAUGGCCUGAUUGAAAAGGAACAGCUGAAGGCAUCAAAAGGGACAAUAUUCAUUCCCUUUUCCCAAUACCCACCAAAGGAAGUUCGCAAAGAUUGUUACUACCAUACUACACCAUCCAUGAUGGCUCCUAAAUCUUUCCAGAACUUGCAUUCUUGUGAGAAUUGGCUGCCAAGAAGGGCAAUUAGCGCAAGUCGUGUAGCCGGAAUUGUUCAUGCUUUGGAAGGAUGGGAUGUUCAUGAUUGUGGCACCAACAUGCUUGGCAUCGACAAAGUUUGGGAUGCAAGUCUUCAGCAUGGUUUUCUCCCUUUGCCAAUCCCUGUUUAAUCAGAACCCAGGCUCCGUAUGAAUGUAUGAACAGCUAUUCUACAAGAUCCCUGCAGUAAAUUUGUUAUGAUGUCUUAAAAAUUACUUUUUUCUGUGUAUAAAUUUAUGAAUUGUUA